AUGGUUGUUGCAGUGUUUGCAGUGUUUGCACGUGGUCCGCCCGUGCCUACAGGUCGUAUCAAUAUCCCCAUCAGGCAUGGGCAUACCAUCCGGGAACAUGAUGGUGUCACGCUUCGCAUGGAGUUCGUAUUCGGUCUAUCCCAUCUGGUCCGUAUCAUCCUCGCACUGAAGCUUGAGCCCGAAUUUACGCUGCAGGCCUCGCCCGUCAACAAUGCCCAACCCCCCAAUUGA